AUGUCUGUCGAUAUUCCGAGGCAAGGAUGGGCCGGUGUUGUCGUCAACGAGGGCCCGGACUUCACUGUUGAAGUUCAGAAGCUCGACGUUCCAGAGCCCAAGGAUGAUGAGCUCCUUGUGCGGCUCAAUGUUACUGGUUUAUGCAUGUCUGAUGUCCACUACAUGCUAAACGACUGGGUAGCGCCCAAAAUGUCUGAAUAUGGCGUUAGGUGUGCUGGCCAUGAGGGAGCCGGUGUUGUUGUCAAGGUUGGCAUAAAGUGUCAGGACUUGUGGAAAGUCGGAGAUCGUGUUGGAAUCAAGCCGUUUCUUGAUGUCUGCCACAAUUGCGAACAGUGCUGGAAUGGUCGUGAAAAUUAUUGUGUGAAGCCUAACUACACUGGCCUGAUGUCGCCUGGCACAUACCAGCAAUAUCUGGUAACACCGGCUAUCUACACAACCCGAAUCCCUGACGGAGUUCCUGAUGAGGUGGCUGGCCCAAUUAUGUGCUCAGCAUCGACAAUGCAUCGUGCUCUUAUUGAUUCAGGUUUAAAGCCUGGUAACUGGGUUGUGUUCCCAGGUGGAGGUGGUGGAGUUGGUAUUCAAGGCAUUCAGCUUGCAAAGGCUAUGGGAAUGCGGCCGAUCGCGAUUGAUGGCGGGGAAGCCAAGAAGAACCUGUGCCUUAGUAUGGGUGCCGAAGCUUUCGUCGAUUUUAAAGAGACUACUGAAGUUGUAGCCGAGGUCAUCAAAAUUGCUGAUGGAAUCGACGCUAUAAAGUUCGUGGGUGACAGAAUAGGGGCCAAGAUCAUGUGUAUUGCUCUCCCUCCAGCCGGCGAGGUCCAACUCAGCAGCGAACCGAGUACGUGGGUGUUCAAGAACUUGCAUGUCAUUGGCACGCUCGUAGGCACGAUGCAGGAUACUGCCGCUUGCCUUGAUUACGCUAAACGCGGGUUACUGAAGGGAAUUUCUGAAGUACGAGGAAGGUCCCAGUGGGCUGAGAGCGUGCAACAGCUGAGGAGGGGUGAGGUUGCGGGACGUGUUGUGAUAGACUUCAAUAGGGAAUAA